GCGAGCCCAUUGCCGAUAAAGUUCCGCUGCGAGUUUCUUGUUUUUGCGAGAUGGAAUCCAAAGACGACGAUUAUUGGAAUGAUUCGGCGAGCAAAUCGUUCAACUUCGACGAAGACGAUGUGGCUGUCCUCGAGAUUGCAAGCAAUAACAACAAACGAAGCCUAUUUGGUGAUGAUACCGCAUCAGAAUCAAACUAUUCCAGUGGCCAGCGGGAACUUCCGCUGCACACCAUUAUCUCGGACGAAAAUCUUGAAAUCAUAUUGCAAGAACAGUCGCGCAAUGAAAUGACCAUUCCAAAGGGAAUAUCGCUCGAGGAGGAAGUAAAACUGUUGCGAAAGAAGAUACAAGAGUUUAACUACGCUCCGUCGGCAGCAUCGGUCAUCCGGAAGCUGAUACUCGGUAAACCCUGUUCGCUGGAAAUGUUUCGAUCGAUGGCCGAAAAAGAACAACUGCUUGAUGAAGCGAUCGCUUCCGGGUGUGGUAAUGCGAUUCUGAAAGUUACCCUGUUUCUGGACCAAACGCUAAAAAAGAAACUUUUCUACACGUUGCUACAAACUCGCCCCGAGGCCGUUCAUCAUUACGUGAACUAUCUAUCUCUUCGGCUGAAGGUGACGGAAUGUACCGAUUUGCUGGUAUUUUUAGGAAGGCACCAUGACGCGAGUUUAUUACAAUUCUCAAUAUUUGUAUGCAGCACAUCGAAUCUCGAUAUAAAGCGACAAAGGUUGAAAAAGAUUUACAGCGACUAUUUUUCUCAGCCGGGUGCAAACACUUUCUACACGCAAUUGGUGAUCAACUAUUUGAAUCUCUUAGAAUAUCAAACCGGGGAACUUCAUUCAUCGGGAGGAAGCAGCAAAGCGCUGGCCAUCCAGGACAAAUCAGUACUGGAAACGCUGAAUUACGUUUGUGGGAAGUACAAAUGGGGUGACACUUCGCUGCAAACGAACGACAAUCCAUUCAAGCUAGCGGAAUACCAUCAAGUAUCGCAGGCCCAGUUCGAGUGGGUCGCGUUGAAUGAACGUGCGAGACAACAGGCGUGGCUAGACUUUGAUCACAUUUUCGAACGAAAAGCAUGGCUGAAGUUGAAACAAAAAUCGUUCAAAAUUAACAUUCCCAUAGAUCGCACGAUCCUGCGACUGUAUUCACUGCACGCACCCGAUCCGGUGCUGAAUACGUUUCUCGCCAAAUUGGAAGAUCCGCACAGGCGAUUGGCUUUAGCGAGGAAGGUUAAUUCGAAGCACGGUAUCGUGGAUGCGCUUGUUCUCUUGAAGGAUCGUGCAGAACUGGAAAACUAUCGAAAUUCGCUUGAUACCGGCACAGAGGAACGGCUUUAUGCGGAAAAUGCUCUUAAAUCUUUGAAUAAUAAAUGGAAAAGUGAUGCUAUGAAGCUUAUCAAGUAA